AUGGCAUAUCAGGGCCAAUCAUAUGAUCCAAAUCAAGCCUAUGGCCAGCAAUAUCCACAACAGCAAAACUACAACCAACCACCCGGACAAUACGGUCAACCACCACAGCAGCAAGGCCAAUGGUCCCAGCAGCAGCAGCAGCAGCAGCAACAUGCCCAGAAUCAACCGUUGCCGCCGGCUCCUGGUCAAGGUCACGGCGGCUUCCAGGGUGACCAUGGUACCUUCCCGGGAGGCAGCUACUCCAUAACACAUCGCGACACCAACGCUGUGCUCUCCAUUGACAUUGCACAAGGAAGUACGAUCAAAGCCAAACCCGGAUCUAUGAUCCACAUGGCCGGCACCGUCCAACUCACCGGCAAGAUCAAUUUCAGCAUGCGGAAGAUGUUCACCGGUGGUCAAAUGGCCGAGUCGGCCUACGGCGGGCAUGGUAAAGUAGCCCUCGCACCAACCCUAUUCGGUGACAUUGUCACUCUUCAACUAGACCCCAGCUCGCAAUGGCUCAUUGGCAAGGACGCAUAUUUGGCUUCAACCGAAGGCGUGCAAAAGGAAACCAAAAGCCAAGGCUUUGGAAAAGCGCUGUUCAGUGGAGAAGACCUCUUCAUUUACCGUCUGGUGGGCCAGGGUCUGGUCUGGUUGACCAGCUAUGGCGCCGUUGACAAGGUUGAUCUCAAACCUGGCGAGCAUUACAUCGUAGACAAUGGCCAUCUAGUCGCGUGGAACACCGAAUACCGCAUUGAAAAGGCAGGUGGUGGAGCGAUGACCAGUAUGAAAACGGGAGAAGGCGUCGUCUGUCGCUUCGUCGGGCCAGGAACCGUGUACCUUCAGACGAGAAACUUGGGCGAGUUUGCUUCUUGGAUCCGCGAGGUUGCUGGCCCACGACAAUGA